AUGUCGUCAAACGUAUCUGAUCAGAUGAGAAGAGGAACAAAGCGAAAGAUCGAGAUUAAGAAACGCGACACUAAACAACAACGCUCGGUGGCUUGUAGCAAACGCCGUCAAACUCUCUUCUCCAAAGCGGCUAAUCUCUGUCUUCUCUCCGGAGCCAACGUCGCCGUCUUCGUUACUUCUCCGGCUGAGAACUCCGACGUUGUUUACUCCUUCUCCGGCUACUCUCCUGCUUCUGUAAUUGCUGAUUGUUACUUCAGCGGCAAGUCUCCUCCUAAGGUUACUAGUAACCCCCAAUCCAAGCUAGGGUUUUGGUGGGAAGCUCCUGAUCUCUACCGUUAUUGUGACGAUCUCUCUGAGUUAAACGUGAUCGAAGAUCGUAUGAUGAGAACGAAGAAGUAUCUCAUGGCUUUUCUUGAGAAACAAGAAAAAUCACAAUCUCUUUCUGAUUCCGAUCAAAACCCUAGCUCCUCUUCUCUCGACCAAAACCCUAAUUUCUCGUCUCCAUCUUGUUCCCUCGAGAAGAUCUGUGACGAAUCUUCUUCACAAGCUACUUGUUAUACUGAUGAUCAAAACCCUAGAUUUUGUGAGUCUUCAUCAUUAGAUCAAUCACGUUACUUGGUGGUGAAGGAUGAUCUCGAUUUUGUUGACUCUUUAUGGGAAACAGAGAGUAACUGAAUGAGUCUGUUCCAAGAAACAGAGUCCAUAACCAAUGAGGAUCAAAGCUUCUGGGACAAUGUGUUUUGUCUUAACAACGACAACAACAACCUUCAGGUUCCACUUCCAGAUCAUUGAUUAACCGAAGAAGAAGAAGAGUUGAUGAUCGAUAUCAGUGGAUUUAUCAAUGAAGAAGAAAUCAAUUUCUCCCAAGUCUUAGCUUGA